CCAGUGCUCAGUGCUGCGGGGCACAGGAGCCACUCCGAGAUCUCCUGGGGAGUGCACGGAGCUGCCAGGAGCUGGGCAGGGGAGGAGGAACAGAAGAUAAAGCACAAAAAAGGGAAGGUGACAUAGCGAGACCCAGCAUUAACGUCAGAGGAAGGCACGGGACAGCGAGAAGACAAAGAACAAAGGAGUUUGCCAGCGUUUUUCUUCUUUUCCUUCUGCUUUGAAUCCUGCUUUCCAGAGGAAAAUGGGGCAGCAGUUCACCAAUGCUGAAGGGGAGCAAGGAGAGAUUGAUGUUGCAGAGCUGCAGGAAUGGUAUAAGAAAUUUGUGGUGGAAUGUCCCAGUGGGACCCUCUUCAUGCACGAGUUCAAGCGGUUCUUCGGGGUCCAGGACAACCAGGAAGCAGCAGAGUAUGUGGAGAACAUGUUCAGGGCUUUUGACAAGAACGGGGACAACACCAUUGAUUUCCUGGAGUAUGUCGCUGCCUUGAACCUCGUCUUGCGGGGCAAGCUGGAGCACAAGCUGAGGUGGACGUUCAAGGUGUAUGACAAGGAUGGCAACGGCUGCAUAGACAAACCUGAGCUGCUGGAAAUCGUUGAGUCCAUCUACAGGCUGAAGAAGGUGUGCUGGUCGGACGUGGAGGACAGGACCCCGCUGCUGACCCCGGAGGAGGUGGUGGACAGGAUAUUUCAGCUGGUGGAUGAGAACGGGGACGGGCAGCUGUCCCUGGACGAGUUCAUUGACGGCGCCAGGAAGGACAAGUGGGUGAUGAAGAUGUUGCAAAUGGAUGUGAACCCCGGGGGAUGGAUCACUGAGCAGAGGAGAAAGAGUGCUUUGUUCUGACAGGAUCCGGGUCUGAGACAGCUCAAACGGCGAUGCUGAGUCCCGAGUGUGACCCUCCCUCUAGGCUGGUAACGACUUUCCUUGUUAAUUCAAUCUCAGCAUCCCGAUGAGAGCCUGAGUGGUUCAAGGAGUCAUCUCUGAUGUACACCCCGCGUGCUGAGCACUGCGGGUCCCCAGGCACUAUUUCUGGCCCAUGAAUAAGUCUCGCUGUGUACACAAUUCCGCGUUUGCCAGCUCUGCUUUUUGGUUACACCCCAGGAGCAAACUCUGGUGGCUUCCCGAGCAGAUCCUGAUUAGGGCUUGGGGCUGGGCCGUGGGGACGGAGCCUGGGCGCUGUCCCAGAGCAGGCUGCUGCUGGCAUGGCUCUCUCCUGCACUCGCAGCCCCUCGGAGCAGCGCAGGCAGCUGGGGCGUGCUCAGGGGGGCUCCGUGUGUGUCUUGCAGCCUUUCCCGCUGCUCGUGUCAGAUUCCUGCAGACCAAAUAAAACCACCAGAAAUGAGAACUGGCUCUGAGCAGCGGCCAGGACGGCACAGAGCUGAGGGAAGCCACGUCAGGGCUGGGCAGGAGCAGCAGCAGCUCCUUCCUCCCCCUCCUGGGGACCAGAGGCUGCUCCUGCUGCCUGCCCAGAGGCGAUGCUGGCUCCCAAGGCUGACAUCUCCCAGCCCCGCUCAGAGCACAGAAUGGCCCAGGUGUGACUCUGCUCCUUGGAGCCCCUGGUUCUCUGGAAUCUGCGCUCUGGAGCAGCUUCUGCUGCCCUGGGAAAGGUGGAAGGGCCCGGGGAGCUCCAGGGUUUUCCCUGCAGGGUUUUCCUCGGCAGUGUCUCUGCAGUGCUGCAGUGUCUGUUUGUGCUGCUCCGUUGGCAGGACCUCAGAAUCAGGAAUCGUGGAUGGUUCGGGUUGGGAGGAACCCUAAAACUCCUCGAUUUCCAAGCCCCCUGCCCUGGGCAGGGAUGCCACAUCAGAUUGCUCCGAGCCCUGUCCAAACUGGCCUUGAAAAGUGGAAAAAGUGAGAAAAAUUCCAGUGCAGUGGUUUUACACUGCACUUAAUUCAGCCCCAGACUACAGAUAGAGAAUUUACACAAGUUGCAGGCUGGGCUCUGCUCUUCUAACCCGUGUUUCUGCAUAGAUGGAUGUGGGAAAAGAAUUUGGGUGAAUCAAUAUUUUGGUUCACCUUCAUUGGAUUUACUGGUUCAUUCGAAAGAAGAAAACCCCCCAGGAAAAUAACACGAGCUUGUCUCUGUUCCAUUUUAAUUUUCCAAUGGGAUCAGUGGGCCAGGUCAUACCAAUGAAAAGAUUUACAACCCCUUUUUUGUGGCCUUUAAUUAGGACUGUAGUAGCUGUCAUUAGCUGAUUAGUGUGCUGGUUUGUGGUCUUGUCAGUUUACCCGGCGUUUAAAUUCCAUGGGGAAGUGCUCAGGAUUAGGCACAAUCAGUGCUAGAGCUCAGAGCCUGCACAUUUCCACUUUGAAAUAGCCUUGCUGUGAGUUCUCUGUAAAUACCGAGCAGUUUGUGGUGUGCUGACUUAUCAGAGCUGAUUAGACUCGUGCUUGCUGCUGCGCUGGGGCAGCUGGUCAAAGCUCUCUCUGGUCAACAGUUUAUCAGCUCAAGAUCUGAGAGAAAAAUCUCACUUCUGACUUGAGAGCCUGGAUGAAAACAUUCGCGUUUAUUGAUUUUCCAGCUUGUGAAAAAAUGCUUUCAUCGGGGGAUACAAAUCUCUAAGAAUUCCUUACAUUUCAGCAUCUCCACCAAGGCGGCACACCCUGCUCCUUGCAGGGAUCCAGAGAGGCUGUUUAGCUCAUAGAAUUGCAUUUUGCUGCUUCACUGAAAUGCUUCUAAUUCUCCCGUUCUGCUCACCUGGUCAGCCCGGGCUCUGGGGGGCUGUUGGGGACCCCCAGGCCAGCAGCCCUCCCCUGGUGAGCGCUUGUACAGCUGUUGGUAGCAGUUUUGUAAAACACGACUCGAAGAAAGAAAUAAAGAAAUAUUUAUUAAAA